GAGUUUUUUUUAUAUAGUUGCAACUACUACUUGUGUAGAAUCAUAUCUUCUGUUUUAUCAUAUUCAUAUUGGAGAAUCAAGGUUGAGAAAAGCUGAAACCAAUGGAUAGAUAUAGUUUUGGGUUAGUUUUGGUGCUGGCCCUUGCUUCAAUUACAGUUCCAAGUGCUCAUGGUUGGAGUAAAGAGGGUCAUACUAUGACGUGUCAGAUAGCCCAGGCACUGCUAGAUUCGGAGGCAGCCGAAGCUGUUCGAAAUCUGCUACCUGACUACGUCAAUGGCGAUUUAUCGGCCCUCUGCGUUUGGCCCGAUCAAGUCCGCCACUGGUACCGAUACCGCUGGACUAGCCCUCUUCACUUCAUUGACACCCCCGACCAAGCUUGCUCCUUCGACUAUUCCAGGGACUGCCAUGAUCAACAUGGGUUGGAGAACAUGUGUGUUGCUGGUGCGAUCCAGAAUUUCACUUCUCAGCUCUCGCAUUACCGCGAAGGAACCUCCGAUCGCCGAUAUAAUAUGACUGAGGCCUUGUUGUUCCUAUCUCAUUUCAUGGGAGAUAUUCACCAGCCAAUGCAUGUUGGAUUUACUACUGAUGAAGGAGGAAACACCAUUAAUCUACGCUGGUUCAGACACAAAUCCAAUUUGCACCAUGUAUGGGAUAGAGAGAUUAUACUGACUGCUCUAAAAGAUUAUUAUGAAAAGAAUACGGACCUUCUCCUACAAGACAUUAAGGGAAACUACACUGAUGGAGUGUGGUCUGAUGAUGUUUCUUCUUGGGAACAUUGUGAUGAUCUUGCUUCAUGUAUAAACAAAUUCGCCGUUGAGAGCAUAAACAUAGCUUGCAAAUGGGGUUACAAAGACGUUGAACCCGGUGUUACUCUUGCAGACGAUUACUUUGAUUCCAGGAUGCCAAUUCUAAUGAAACGCAUAGCACAGGGUGGAGUACGAUUAGCCAUGAUUUUGAACCGGGUUUUAGGUGAGUCCGACGAAGGACUCGCCACGCCAACUUAACCAACUGACAAUAGUGACAGAAGAAGAUCAUAUCUGGACAUUCAUCGAACUUUUUCUUUGGUUUAAAAUUAAACCACCCCAAAGUUUAGCUGACCAGGUAUAUAGUGUCUACAUUGGUUUAGUUAUGUUGUAACCCCCCUUGUAACUUGUAAGUUGCAAUGUCACUGUUAAUUCCCAACUAUUAGUAACAGAUUGUAUAAUUCUUAGCUUUGAUAAAACAAUCUUGAUUUCUCAAAUGAAGGUGGUUGACCAGGUCACAACCAUAGAUCUUGAGAAAAUAUCUGAUAACUUCUGAAAUAUGUAUUAAAACAUUGAAGGAGUACAUAACAAUUAUUAUGAAACGUUUGGCAAUCAAAUGUCAUAAUUUAAGAAAAGUAUUAAAAGGCGGCUCCAACAUUGCGGGCCAAGGGUAA